AUGCGCAAGUCGUUUGGUGUCUUUUCUUGGGCAGCAAAAGCCAUUGCGGUCGGUCGUCCGUCGGCAGCAGUCUUGGGUGCCUCUGUUCAUAUCUAUCUCAGCCUGUUUCUAUCUAUCUAUCUAUCUAUAUAUCUAUCUAUCUAUCUCAUAGAAAACUCGCUUCCUUUUUCUUUAUUUACUUUCUUUUCCAUGUUUUUGCUUGUUAUUUCUUUCUCUUCUUUAUCAAUCAAUUUUUCUCUUUGUCUCUCUUUUCAUUUUCUUUCCCCUAAUGGAUUUUACUCUCUUUUUCUAUUUUAUUUUUCUACUUUACAGCCACAGCUUUUCUUUUUGUCUUUCCUUUUAUCUCUGUCUCUCUCUUUCUCUCUAGCGUCUUUUAGUUAUUCUAUUUACCUGCAUCCCCUUCACCAGCCUUUCUCCUUCUCUACUCCUUUUUUUCUGCUUGUUUUUUUCUUUCUUUGA